UCUAAGCAGCGCAGAAGAAGACAACGUGAAAGUAGUCGUAUCUCUGCUCACAUGUAUACAAUAUAACCGGGCGAUGGAUUCUCUAAAGAAAAAUAAAACGUCUACUAGUCGCCAGCAAGACUCUAAUCCUGACGCCCAAGACGAGGAAGCUCCAGAUUUCUGUCCCGGUUACAAAGACGUCGAUGCUUUUGUUAAAUAUGGAUUGGGUUCAGUAUUGUCAGCCACCAAAGCAUCUGCCGGCUUGCCUCAAGGUGGAGACGAUUUUGAUUUCUAUCGCAGUUUCCCCGGUUUCCAGGAAUUCUGUGAAGUUCAAGGAGAUAAGCUUUUGUUCUGCAUGAGUCAGAUAAUGCAACAUCACAGUUGCCGAUCUCGCAUGAGAGACCAGGACAAGAUCACUGGCCUGGAGGAAAGGUUUGACUUGGUUGUGGACUCCAAUGAUGUCAUCCUAGAGAAAGUGGGGAUUCUUCUGGAUGAGGCUGAUGGCGUGAACAGGAGCCAACAGCCUGUCAUGCCAGCUGGCUUUCAGCCUCCUAAGAUUGUCGUUUCCAGCUGGAAUCGCAAGGGUUCGAGCUCUGGCAGUCGUGCCGAGACUUUCAGGCUGCUCCACGCAAAGAAUAUUCCACGGCCUCAACUGAAAUUCAAAGAAAAAGUUGACAACAGCAACACGCCGUUUAUUCCCAAGAUCUUCAUCAAGCCUAAUGCACUGAAACCUCUUCCCUCUUAUUUCACCGACAAACAAAUCCGUAAAGAGAGACCAGAAGAUCUUGACAUCCCAGCAGCACUGGCAGACUUCAUUCACCAGCAGAGAACUCAAGAACAUGUAGAAGACAUGUUUGCACACCCAUACCAAUAUGAACUGGAUCAUCUUACGGUACCAGGAAACCUUUUGUCCAAGCCGGAGCCACAGAUGUACAAACCAAUAGAAGAGACAAGCUGCGCCUUUAUUGACACACUGGAGGAUCUGGUGGCUUUGAAUGAGAAGCUGAUCGAGGUGUCUGAAUUUGCGGUGGACCUUGAGCACCAUUCCUACAGGAGCUUCCUGGGAGUCACGUGUCUGAUGCAGAUCUCCACCAGAGACGAGGACUUCAUUAUUGACACCUUGGAGCUCCGCAGUGAGAUGUACAUCCUCAACGAGGCCUUCACAAACCAUUCUAUAGUCAAAGUGUUUCAUGGCGCAGAUUCAGACAUCGAGUGGCUCCAGAGAGACUUUGGCUUGUAUGUGGUCAAUCUGUUUGACACGCACCAGGCCAGUCGAGCGUUAAACCUGGCCAGACAUUCGCUCGACCACCUGCUCAAGCACUUCUGCAGCGUGGAUUCAGACAAACGCUACCAGCUUGCCGACUGGAGGAUCCGGCCCUUGCCAGAUGAGAUGUCGCUGUAUGCUCGCAGCGACACCCACUAUCUCCUUUACAUCUAUGACUGCGUAAGGGCACAGCUGUUGGAAUUCAACCACGGUCAGCCUGGUCUGCUACAGUCUGUCUGGAACAAAAGCAAAGAUGUUUCCCUCAAGAAAUAUGCAAAGCCAAUAUUCACAGAGGAGUCGUAUCUGGAGGUGCAGAGGAAGCAGAAGAAGUCUUUUAACACCCAGCAGCUGACUGCCUUCAGACUGCUGUUCGCCUGGAGGGACAAGCUGGCUCGACAGGAAGAUGAAAGCACCGGCUACAUCCUGCCCACUCACAUGAUGAGCAAAAUAUCUGAGGAGCUGCCAAAAGAGCCUCAGGGCAUCAUUGCCUGCUGUAACCCGGUCCCCCCAUUGGUGAGGCAGCAGGUCAAUGAGCUCCAUUUGUUAGUGCAGGAGGCUCGAGAAAUGCCUCUCCUCAAGGCUGAGGUUGCUGUGCAAAAAACAAAAGGGCUCACACCGAUCAAAAAGCCUGAGGUUACAUUGUUUGGUCCACAUGAUACAUCUCGGGUCCCUGAGAGCAACAGCCGUCACUUUUCUACUGAUGACUUUUCACCCUCAGAACUGCCUGUUAAACAAGGAGUGCUCUUCUCUGAUGACCACAAGUCUGAUGCAGAUGUUGAAGAAAUAAGCAGCCUUGUGUCAACUGCCAAAAUCUCAAUGUUUGAGGAGCCAGAAGCAAAAGAAUGCGAAGAUUCUCUUUCUGUGGCUCAACACAAAGCCAGGCAAAUCAUUGAGUCUUUUGAAAACCCUUUCAGGAUGUACCUGCCUUCUAAUGGCGUGCAUAUCAGUGAGAAUGCAAAGUUUGACCCUUCUUCAAAGAUUUUCGAGAUCAGUAAACGAUGGAAACUGCAGAGUGUGGAACAGCAGCAGAAGGAGCUGGAGUCAAGGAAGAAAGCGAAGAAGGAAGCACAGGAAAAAGCAAAGAAAGCAACAGAGGAAAGGAAUAAGGCUCAGGAAAGCUACCAAGAGUUCCUGAAAAAUGUGCCCACUGUGCGCCAGCAGGCAGCCGAAUGUGCAAAAAUGGAAGGAAAGAAGCGUGAGAGGGUCCCGAGUGAGGCCGGAGACUUGACUCCCAAACCAAAUAAGAAACUAAAAACUGCAGCGAAGACCAAAAAGCCAGAACCUCCUCCUCAAGAGAGAUUUGAACCCUUUGACUACAGUCAGUCAGACCUCAAAGUCUUUGCUGGUAUUAAGGCAAAAGACAACUCACAGUUUGAUCCAAACAGACAAAGCCAUGACUUUAAGAAAAAGAAAUUUGCAGGCGGGAAAAAAAAUAAUCUUGGUACUGGGAAAAGUAUGUCAUACGUAGCUGGAAGAUCUGACAGAGGAUUUCGCCACAACUGGCCCAAGAGAUAGACCAACUUAAGAGCAUUUUUGUCUUUUAAAGGGUCACCGACAUGAUUUACCAACUUUGCUUCAAUCUGUUUUAUAUUGUUUGUAAUUAUGUUCUACGAUGUUAAUUUUUUAAAAGCAAACGGUAAAUUCGUAAAAAUUACAUUUAUAGUACGUGGCGGGCGAUGGACUGAACUUCUUAGAAAAGGGGCAUUUCCCAAGUGAUGUCGGCGAAGGUGCAGCGCUCCUCUAACGUGUAGUAAACAAACCCUGCUAGAGGUGACUUGUCGACUUCGUUCUGUAUAUUUUUCAUCAAAAUAGAAGUUAUGCCAAAACGUUUUGCCGCUGGCUGUUCAGUUUCCGAGUGAUGCUGUAAGUUUGUUUUCUUUUCCAAAAGGUAAAGGUUUAAGCCUACAAUGAUCGAAGCAAGUACAGAGAACUAGAGACAAAUGGACCAUCGCCUCCCCGUUCUGUUCUUUACAAUGUUCAUUUCGCUGAAGACUGCUAUGACGAAACACCUUUACAAGAAGAAUUUGUCUUGAAAGUACGGUAUAAACGCAUUUUGGAUGCUAGGAUGCUAUUCCUGAUGCUAUAGAGGAUGGCGUCAAAGUUGCCACAGAACAGAGUAAGUCAUUUCUUAUUUACAUAUUGUAUUCUAAACACUAUGCCAUCAUAGCGACAAGCAUUAAACAUAAAACAUACUUUCACAGAGAUAUGUUGACGCUAGGACGCGGAGCGGUGACGGGACAAAAUACACAAUAAAAAAGGCUCUAAAGAUCCCUUUAGGCUCAUUAAGAAGCCAAUUUAAAACAAUAAUUUUAGGCAAUCCAAGGUAAUUUACGCUUACCAUUCUAUGUUUGAAGCCGACCAAUCUUCAUCUCCAUGUCUUCGUCAUCAGACACCUCCGCAUCAGACAUGCUAGUUCCAUCGUCAGUGGUACGAAUAAAUACAGCUUAAUCCCAUGUUCUCUGCAAGUUCUCUAUUUCAUUUCCAGAUGUUUCUUCCUCUUCAAACUAUUGACACAUCGCUGAAAUCUUUGCUGCAAACGACUGCAAACAUCUUCUGUCUCGCCCAUUCUCUCUUGUUUGUUUACUCUGCUUACUCUCCUUUGCCGAUGUCACUUGGGAAACGCCCCUUUUCUAAGACAUUCAAUCCAUAAUGGCACCCGCCAUGUACUAUAAAUGUGAUUUUUACAAAUGUACCGAUCACUUUCAAAAAACGAACAACGUAAAGCAUAAUUACAAACAAUAUAGAACAUAUUUAAGCAAAGUUGAUCAAUCAUGUCAGUGACCCUUUAAAUUGAACUACUUCUUUUCAGGGUUUUCCAUCCUUAACCUUUAACCGCUAAACCUAUGAAAUAUUUCAGUAAUUUUAAAGUGUUUUUUCCCCCCACUUGUGGAAGUGUUUACCCUGUAAAUAUGCAGAACAGCAGCCCACUCUAUUAAAGAUGUUUUUUUUUAAAUGUCAUGCUGGAAGAGCUGUCAGUUUGUUGUAAAAAUAAUAUGUAAAGUUUUGUUUUGUUUUGUUUUAAUUGACAUGGCUUCUGAUGACUCAAUGUUGUUUCAUGGUCAAUAUUUCUUAAUUAUAAUCAAUCCAUUAUCAGUCUGA